AAUAUUGCAUUGCUGGCGGAGGUACAGGACUUUGCUGUUACCUGUCGAUGACAAUUGACAUUUCAAAGUUUCUCUCUCUGUACGCUCAUGCACAGUGUGAUGUCGCCUCAACAAUGAAUGAAGAAAUUGACAAGUAAAAACUUCAUGUUUUUGUCUAUACCACCUAUAGUUAUACAGUGCAGAGAUUUUAAUGAGGUGUCAGACUCAAUAUCCAGGAAAUUCAUCAACCAAAUACUGUAAGUAUAGUUGGGCUACAUGUGUUCCACAGCUACGCGCAAAACACCUGCACGUGAGCAUACGCCUGACGUCAUCAUACGAUAAUGAAUAACCACCACCCAGCAGUGUCGAACAUAAUGUUAUGACAUAUCCACACGCAAGAUCCCAACAGUACACGCACGCACUAGCAGGCACGUCUACCUCCGGUUAUAAAGGAGCUCAGGUGAAGCCGGCAAAGACACGUUUUCACCUGAAUCUGCACACAGCUGAAUUUUGAUUGAUUAUAGGCGCGUGUCUCAGUAUUCCUGAAACUCUUUAAAAACGAAUCUGCAACUGCAAUCCACCUCAACUGUGUCCAAGUGAUGAAAGCUGACCAUAUAAGACUGUAUCAUUAGAACCGACAAGCGGAUGACGUAUAUUCGGCACUACUGAUCUGCAGGAAAUGUGGAGAUCGCUAAAACUAUCACCAAAACUACAGUGGACUUCACCAGUAUCGGAAAAACUCAGAUCUUUGUAUGCCCUCCAACAACCAUUGAAGCCUCAUUAUCUUGUCUUAUUUGCUGGUUUUGGCGACGUGUAAACUUCAGGCGACGGUAAGCGGCCUACGCUUCUAAAACUUAGUGGAAGAGAGACGAUGCCCCACCAGGACCCAGAUUCCGCAGCAAACUCGACCGAGUCAUGUACGGCGUGCCCCGCUGGAUGUCACCGGCAGCCGCCGGUGCUGGGAGAUCGGGUCUCGGUCCCGCCGGUGAAGCGGACGACUUUGAUUCCAUCGGAUGCAUCCUUGCUCACUGUGGCUUGGAGCCAGUUUGGGCCAGCUCCGUGCAACCCUCCGGGGAACUGUUCUACCUUGAGCCUGGGACAGACCCUCACCAAGCAGGCAACCUCUCCACCUCACAGACAGCUCACCAGCAAGCACAAGAAAACAAGUCCUCCCAAGCUGCUGCCAAGAAGAAGAAGAACCUGGCAGCCUUGCAGAAGAUCAUGCGCCGCAAGAAGGGCUCCGAUCUCAUGAACGUUAACAACAGUGCGGACCCAUCCAGUAACGCCAAGCAGCGUGUUGUGAGCGGUAAGAAAUCCCCGCGGAGGACCUCGGCGCGGCACGGCAAGCCUGAACAGACCGUUGACGUGACCUUGAAGAUCGAGUCAAAACAGACGCAGGGAAACGCUCAGAUGGACCGUUUGGAAUCGUGGCUGGGUAUCGUUCACGCUUCCAACAAGAAGUCCAACGUUGCCAAUGGAUCAUCUCGGAACGGUCAUGCCCGCGGGGGUGAGGAGGAACAUCGCAAUGGGAGAGCUUUGUCGGCUUCGACUGAGACAAGGGUCUCGGUGAGGGGGUUGGUACCAUCUGGAGCUGCCAUGAGGUCUGGAGAAGUUGAGCUGGGUGACAUCAUCGUCAGCAUCAAUGGCAUCCCUGUAUUUGCAGAGACGGUUGGCUCAGUCCUAGCUUCCAUGGCCAGUGCUUCGGUGUUCAAACUGCAACUCCAGAGGGGUAGCCUGGGCUCCUGGGAGAAGUACAUCGUGCCUCCCCAGCGACCGCCCAUCAACGGCACCCUGGUCAAGCUGAUCAGCGGGGAGAGGUUGAAGGAGGUAGAGGACCCACUCAGGGACAUCUGUCGGAUCAUCACGUACCUGACCCUGGGCAAGGAAGGGGAUGAGGAGGGCAAGGAUAUAUUGUAUGAGUUCCCGGUGACGAAGGCCUCUCGAAAGCUGAGUGACAUCCGAGGAUUGUUCAUUACGCUGAGCGAUAUGCUGCAGAAUAUCACAGACAGUGCCAUCACUAGUACUUCCCUGGUAAUCGGAGCCGAACUGGUUCACAUCAGCUAUCAGAAAGCAGGCUCUGAGGUCCUAGUGAUGGCGGUACCGGCUACCAGGGUACCGAUCUUCCUUCUAGACUGCAUCAUCAAAGAUGUGGUCCGACUCCUGUGCUUUCUCUUCAAAAACCUUGACAGUGCUUUCCAAGACUCCAACCACCCCAGGCUGAAUCAUCUCUUCAGUUUGCUCUUCCAGCGUCUUCUCCUGACAGAGAGGCAGCAGAGCCAGAAGACCACCAGCAGUACCUUCCUGGAGGGUCUACCCGGGGCUAGGUGGCUGGACCUGCCUGAAGAAGUCAAGAUCAACGUCGACAGCAGCCUGAGUGAACUAGAGGCAGCAGAUUUUGCAGACAUGUCUGACGAUCACUAUGACGACAGAAGACCCUAUGUUCUUCUUGGCUCUUGUCUCUUCUACAAAGGUUACGUUACUGCCAGUCACUUGCCCGCGGAUGACCUGAGAGACAUCGCCGUCUACUGUCGCAACUACAGCCUGAUGGUACUGAGCUCCCAGCAGCAAGUAGGCCAGCUAGUCAUCUGGAAAGAGGUCUUCCCCACCCGUAGGGCGGAGCGGACAGAACCGGUGAUACAAGGGUAUCAAGAACCCCAGGGGAGGUGGUUUCUGCUGAUAGUUGGCCAGAGGCACAGCUUGUUGUGCUUGCUAAUGGAAGCAGGGGGCUGUGCAUCAAAGUGUGAAGGUACCCCAGCCCCAGACCCUUUCUACGUUGACCAGGCUAGGGCGACCCUCUUGCAUUUAGAGUCUCUCAAUGUACCAGAUGCUUGUGAAGAAAGAUUAUCAGCCCCGCCCAUCCCAGCCCUCUCCUGUGCAGACUGGUUCUUUCCAACCCGCAAGAGCACUGCCGAGUCUGGUACCCCGCCCCUCCCCAUUCAGGCAUCACCCAUGCUAUCCAAGCUACACAGCCAGUCUCCGGCAAGAGGAAGGAAACUCUUACAGGCAGACAUUACUUCUCGACGCCGGUCUAGUUCCCCGAGUUCCAACCAACUGUCCACCCCUAGCCCCGUGCCCAGGCGCCAUACCGCCUCCAGGCUGGACUCUGACAAUGAGAGUGACACCGCCAGCCCUUACAACUCCAGGGGGAACAGCACACAGAGCUCCCCGAUCCCCCGGCGAAGGAACGGCGAAAGGAAAGGGUCGGAUGUGUCGGGAGGAUCGGUUAGCAGCGCCGAGCUUUAUAAAGUUGCAAGGAAGAAACGUCUGAUUCCGGACCCCUACAACAUGGGCAUGAUGCAUCGGGGCCAGGAGUUAGCAUGCAAUGACUACUUCACUGCUACCAAAUUGACAGCCGGUUGUGACAACACCCUCUUCCACUACGCCCACCUGGACGCAGCCAGCGGUGUCAUAGCCUGCCCCACCCAUGGUGACCUGUCACUCAUCGGUGGUCACGCCCACGCUCAGCUGAUACAAAACUUCAACAGGUGCUGUCUGACCAUCAGGCAACUUCUCUGUCGCAGCACGAGAUUAAAGGCAAGACCCGAGGACUCUAGUCGCCCUAUGCAGAGUGACCUGUCCAUGGGGUACGUCAGGGAGUACGGCGUCAUGUUUAAAUGCCAGCCAGAAAACUGGCAGGAGAAGAAGACACCACCAAGCAUCAACUACUGGGUCGUGGGGAGGCUGUUCGAGGAGCCAAGUCCCAGGGAAUGCUACGUCUGCUACCAUGAAAGUGCAACUCAGAAUGUGAUUGAACUUGCCUUCAAAUUGGCCUUUGGGGCGGGACUUUGACCAAGGCCCCCUGCCCCCCCCCCCCCCCUUUCACUCCCCUCCCCUCCACUCCACCCCUGGGUGAGCCAUAACUACAAGACUGAGACAGACACGAUUCUCAUCGCUACACAACUGAUGCAGCUUCUUACACUGCCUCCAGCGUCUUACCUCCAUUGAGGCGGAUGCAGGAAUGACCAUGAGGCUAAAUGGACCGGGACGCAGAGACAAACUUGGACCAGUCAAGUGGGAGUACUGCAUCUCUCGUCUCUCAACAUUGUUCUUCACCGUGUAUGAUGAU